GGUAGUGGUGAUGAGAAAGAUGAUGAUGGUGAUAAUGAUAGCUAAUGGUAACUAGUAUAAUUCUAUCGGACAAGUAAACUAGAAUUUUAGGACGUGCUGAGGCAUAUUCGCUCAGUUCAAUAGACCUAUUCCGAAUUCGACGCUUGACUGAUUACGAAACAAUGGUUACAAGUUGAGAUUGAACUUGAUGAAUAAAAGAAACAAGUCUAAUCUAGCUCUAGAUUAGUCUCCCUUGCAUCCGUUUUUAGUGUCGGUCGUCAUAGUUAUAAAUUUCCAUGAUCAUGACUAUGAUCGACAAAAUUGGAAGAGCCCGAUAGGCCAACUCACAAAAGAAAAGCAAUCAGGAAACACAAUGGCCUCAAACAACGACAUAAAAAUCCGCAAGAAUGAGGAAAGAAUAGCAGAUUUGGAGAAACAGUUGAGGGUAUGUCUCAGGAAAGAAAAAAAACAUGAAGAUGAGAUCAAAGCUUUAAAAAAGAAAAUACAAGACCUGGAAGAGGAGAAUAAAGAGUUGGCCAAACAACUGCAAGAAAUAAAAGCAAGCAAAGAUCGAGAUGACAGUGUGCUCAUUCUUAUACAAAUUGGCACAACCAUGCAGAGAAACAUGUGCAAGUAUGUCCUGGGAAAAUGCUUUGAAACCUGGCGUUUCUACAAGUUUAAAAAAAUUAACAGCUACAUUGAAGAACUUGGUGCGCAACCGGCCGAUCAAAUUUCGGCAAAACAACGGCUGACGGAGUUAAACCAAAAGAUUUCUUGGGACCAAAAUUUGGUGGAUAGUCUUAAAAACCUUAAUCAAACGAGAAUCGGCAUUGCUCAUCCCGAGCUCAGCAGUGAAAAGAUCCAAAAAGCUACAGAGGUUUUGAGAGAGAUAGGAGAGUUGGACGACGAGUUGGUAGUCAAAUUAAACACACUGAAAGGACAAUGGAAAACCUCCGAAGAAAUGUUAAACAGGGCCGCUGGAGGUCCUGAAGAUGGUCCUGAAGGCGGUACGAUGAAUUGGUCUACCGCAGGACAAAGCCAAGACACCUAUGCCAGCAGGGCCGCUGGAGGUUCUGAAGAUGGUCCUGAAGGCGGUACGAUGAAUUUGUCUACCGCAGGACAAAGCCAAGACACCUAUGCCAGCAGGGCCGCUGGAGGACUUUACCUUGACACCAAAGCAUAGGGUGCCAGUUACUCAUGUACAUGGCCCAGUUACCGAUUGUGAAUGAUCGAUGGUUUUGCAUAAAUACGAACACUUUUAGCUUAUAAACAAUGCAAUUAUUUUGGAAAGGAUAUGUCCUUCCAAUUCACAUACACACACACCAAAAAACAAAAAAAACAACAACAAAAAUUACGUAUGAUAAUUUUACUCAGUAAAAAUCCUAUAAUCUAGUAUUUUUCAAAUGUUAUAUUUGUCUUUCAAUUCGACAAAAAACAGCAUUCUGAAGAAUUAAAGCAAGCUUACGAAUUUAACACUUAUCAAUUUCAAGCACUAAAGUAAGACUUUUUCAAAGUUUUAAAAAUAUAUAGAUCCCAAUAAGCUCAGGCUGACCACAAACGUGCAUCAAAUAUAUAUGCAAAUAUAUAGAUAUAGCCAUUUAAAA